CAUGCGUUACCUUUCGACAGCAAAGUGUAAAUAAUCUCGCAGCACGGGAACGUUGUGCGUAAGGAAAUACGACGUGACCAAGCGCGUACGAGUUUGCAUUGACGAGAUCCACAACAGGAGAAUAUUUUUCACCGUUGCGAAGGCCCGUUCAUGGGUUAACGGUAACGUAAAGCUUGAAUUCUGUCUAUCAUAACCUCACUUCUGGAGAUUGGAUGCGCAGUAUCAGUUAGAAUGAAUGACACUGUGACAGAUACUCCAGGCUCCAAAGCCCUGGAGGCUGCCAAGAAUAUGAAGGACUUAGCUAUAUUCAAGAAGCCUAUUGGUUCUGCGAAAAAGAGGAAGUACAGUCAACCAAAGAUCCUGGACGAAGAUAUGUACAUCGAGAAGAUGGGUGAGAUCAUACAGAGGGACUUCUUUCCACACCUGGAAAGGUUACAGGCGCAGAACCAAUACCUGGAUGCUCUGGAGCAAAACGAUGUGAAAAGAAUGAGAGAAUUGUACGCAAAGUAUAGCUCCGGCCGGCCCGUCACGGAGAGGCCAGUCAGCCCGGCGACCUUUGAGACUCCUCAACGUAGGGUCGAGUUGGACGAAUUGCCGCAUACUCCAAAAGAAGCUGCUCAAGAAGAAGCAUCCGCGGAGACGAUGAAGAAGGAUGGUAAAGAGGAGAACAAGACUGGUCUGGACGAUUACUUAAGCACUCACACGAGCGAGGACAACGCUAGUUUCGAAGAGAUGAUGGUCGAAGCAGAAAACAAACGUAGACUGAAGCACGCGUGGCUCUACGAGGCGGAAGAGAAGUCGAAGGCGUGGCUCGCUAUUAACAACACAACCGACGCGACAUUGGCGAUCGAAGGAUCGAGUUCCAGGCCCAAGCAGGUGGACAGCUGGGCUUAUAGGAAUAAGAAUUACAUCAUGUAUAUCCCCGAUGGAGUGGAGCCCACGGCCGAGGAGAAGAUAGAACUGGCUAAGAAGAAGCAGACGGUGAUGCAUGAGAACACGAGGCUAAGGAUAAAUCCCUUCAACGAACAACAAAACAAAGAAACCAUCAAUGAACUGGCAAAGUCACAGUCCAAGGCUAACGACGGCAAGAUCGGUGUGGACGGUAAAGAGGUCGUUAGAAAUGCGACGCCCCAAGUGAACGGCUACAGUUUCGUGGCGACACCGAGCCCGAGGCCGGGAGAGUGCGAGAGUCCUUUGAUGACGUGGGGUCAAAUUGAAGGGACUCCUUUCCGAUUGGACGGUGGAGACACUCCGUUGCUCAGGACGAGUCAGGGACCUUCCUUUAGGAUGGCAGAGCCGCCGAAAAGGGAGAAAUUGGCGUUACAGUUGGCAGAGAAAGCCGGUGAGAGACACAGGGAUCGAAAGAACAAGGCCUUGGAAGCUGCCAGAAAGUCAUUAGCCACGCCAUCGCCGAGGUCGACUAUAGAUCGUUUGAGCACAAUGUCUCCUGCGGCGAGAAGAUUAGCAACCCAGAAAUUGCGGAUCUCGGGCACACCGUCGCCCCGGCUAACACCAUCGUCGAGGACCCCGUCCGUAGGCGUCAGGACACCCAACACACCGCGUGCGAGUACACCAGCUAAGCGAGCGGCUUCGCAGAAAUUGGAUACCAGUGUCGCACGGAUGCAAGGACCCGUGCUCACUGAUAACUUGCUCAAUCUACCUCCGCAGCGGCAACGAGCAUCGGACUUCUUUAACAAAUAAAAACUUACAUUGUUGGAGUAACUUUAUUUCUUUUUUUUUGGUAAACGAUCUCGAGAGUAAUUUUAAUAAUACUGUAUAAAUAUUAUAGUUUUUUUGGUUAUAUUAAUGUUAAUGAAAUCACUAUAUGAUGCAGAAAAUGUAUUUAUAAUUCGAGACGAAGAGGAUGUAUUUAUAAUAUAUAUGUAUAUACAUGAAAU